AUGGCCCAUGCAUGUGCGGCUCAAACGAAUGCCAUUUGUCUGAAGCUGGCAGGCCCUCAAUUUGUCCAGAUGUUCAUUGGGGAUAGAGUGAAACUUGUCUGCGAUGCCUUUCAACUUGAUAAAGAGGAAUCUCCUUGCAUCAUUUUUAAAGAUGAAAUUGACGCCAUAGACAGAAAGCGGUUUUAUAGUGAAGUGGGUGGUGACAUGGAGUUUGAAUAUGUCGAUUCAUCAAAUAUGUCUCCUCCUAAAGUGCCAGAAGUACAACUUUCUGUUGCCAUAGGUUCUGGACCAGAUAAUUCUGCACAUGAUGCACCAUCUAAGCUAUCACCAUGGGCCAAAAAUUUGAAAAUUCCUCAGUCAUUGGCAGGGGAACAAAACGAAUCUCCAAUUGGAACUACUGCUAAAUCAAGCUUUGCACGUUUCAUUAGUGGGAUUGGAUCACGCUUGUCUCCAAAAACUCCUACAUCUGAAGAUGGUCCUGAUGGAUCUUCAACAACGGCACAACCUAGUUUAUUUGGAAUGUUUACAAAAGGAAUAGUUGACUCAUCUAAGAAUGCAGUGAAGGUUGUGCAAGUCAAGGCUCGUCAUGUGGUCUCUCAAAAUAAACGAAGAUAUCAGGAGGAGGGAUUUGGCUUGGAUAUGACAUACAUCACAGAGAAUAUAAUUGUUAUGGUUCUCCCCAACUGA